CACAGACGAUGGUCCGCCCAGUAUUCGGACUCCUAAUUCCUAAAACAUGCGAAAUCUAAAACCCUAGACCCAAAAGACUGAUGAAUUUCCUCUUCGGCGCUAGCUCCUCCCACCUCCGCCGCUACAGCCGUCGCCAUUUCCUCCAACUCCGCACCCUAUACGACGGCGUAUCCGCCUUGAAAUGGCCUCGAGACCGCGGCCUCGACCACGCAGUGGAGCGCGACAAGCUCCUCAAGCCCCUCCUCAAUCUCAAAAACCUCAUCAUUUCCGAGCCAUCGAAAUCGAUUCCGCUCACGCUCAUCACCGAAUCGAAGGAAGCCCUAGGAAUCCCAUUUCGCCCAAUUGAAUUCAUCCGGAAAUAUCCUUCAAUUUUUGAGGAAUUCCAGCCGGGGUCCCUCAACAUCCAGCCCCACAUCAAGCUAACCCCUACUAUAAUUUCUCUGAGCUCCGAGGAAACUCUACUUCACCAGAGUGUUGAUUACAAGCAAGACGUCGCGAGCCGCCUCUUGAAGCUGUUGAUGGUAAGUAGGAUUAAUAAAAUUCCGAUCUUUGUGUUGGAGCGUUUGAAAUGGGAGCUGGGUUUGCCUCUAGACUAUGAGAAGUCUUUGAUUCCCGAGUUUCCGGAUUACUUUAGAGUGAUUGUUGGGGAUGGUGAUUUGGAGGAAAAUGAGAAAGUGCUUGAGUUGGUAUGCUGGAGUGAUGAGUUUGCUGUUUCGGAGGUGGAGAAAAAGAGGGGAAAGAGUGGAAAGAUUGAGUUUUUGCUGCAGUUUUCGAAAGAGUUUGAGAUGGAUAAGAAGUAUAAGAAGUGGUCGGAUGAGUGGCAGAAGUUGCCAUAUGUGUCGCCCUAUCAGAAUGCUAUGCAUUUGGGGUCGAAGACAGAUGAGUCGGAUAAAUGGGUAGUGGCAGUUUUACACGAGGUGCUUAAUCUGUUUGUUGGGAAGAAGGCGGAGAAGGAGAAUCUGCUUUAUUUGGGAGAGUAUAUGGGGUUGAGGCCGAGCUUCAAGCGGGCGUUUCUGGAGCAUCCAGGGAUUUUUUACCUGUCGAGUAAGAUUGGGACACAUACGGUGGUUCUAAGGGAGGCUUAUAAGAGGGGGAUGUUGAUUGAGAGACAUCCUUUGAUGGGUAUGAGGUCGAAGUAUAUUCAGCUGAUGAAUGUAGUGAAGGAUGAUAAUAAAGCGAAGAAUGCACAGCAAAAGAGUGGUGCUGAUGUUAAGAAAAGUGAAGUGGGGGAUGAUGAGGGAGUGGAGGAAGAUGGUGAUGUAACGUAUGAUGAGAGUGAUGAUGAUGAGGUUGGAAAUGCGGGUAGAAGAGGGAGGCAGGUAGUUGAGGCAAGAGUCACGGAAAGGAGGAAUACUAGAGAUGCUGUUAAGACAGCAGGAAGUGAUAGUGAGGAAAUUGUGUUGAAAAGCUCAACAAGGCCUUCGUGUAGAAGAAACGCUCGUGGUGUUGAAAUGCGUGACUCCUCUGACGAUGAGAGUGAUGAUUGUGAGGAGGGUGAGGAGGUUGUAACUGAGGCUGAAAGAGUGAGGCAUGAAAGGAAGGGUAGAGAUUUCGAAAGAAGGGAUGCUGGAAGUGUGGGAAGGAGGAAUAACGGAAGAGGCACUGAAGAAAAAGUGUUUAGAAGGUCGACUAGGAGAACAAAUGGCCGAGGUGGUGGUGAUGAUGAUGAGAAAAAUGUGACUAAUAGAGGGAGGCAUGAAAUGAAUGGUAGAGAUUUUGAAAGGAGGAACACUAGAGGUGAGGGAAGGAGGACAAAUCGAAGAGGCGCUGAAGAGAAUACAAGGACUUUUAGGAGAAGAGCAGAUUCUCGAGAUGAUGAUUCUAAUACUCGCAGAAGGUUUACAAGGAACUCAAAUACCUCUGGAAAUAGGACUCGAUCUGAAACAGGGCGGAGAUCCACAUAAUGGAAGCUCUAGCUGCUUAACUGAGCAAACUCAAGUAUUAGGUUACUUGUUAGAAGCUGUUGAGAUGGAAUCAUGGAAUUGAAUUGAGAUCAAAUACUAAGCUAGUUAUGAUAAAAAAAGAUAAAUCUCAUACAUUAGUUAUGAUUAAUUCACACAAGCUACUGGGCUGCCAAUUCAAAAUCUCAUACAUUUCCGGAAGGGAAUAAGAUAGCGGACCAUCUUGUGAAGCACGGAAGCAGAGAGGACCAUCGGAUCAUGUUCGAUCAAGAAACUGCCCCACCUUGCAUUUAGGCUUUGGCUCUCGUGGAUAGACUUGGAUUACCAAACUUCGGUUUCAAUGAUGAAGAGGACAUGAUACGGGACCCCCACCAACGGCAGAGCGGCAGGCCGAGCUGGAGCAUGCCGAGCUGGAGCAUGCCGAGCUGGAGCAUGCAGAGCUGGAGGCAACGACAGCCGAGCAUCACGACGCAGCGCUCCCGAAGCCGAGCAGCACGACGCAGCCGAGCAGCCCGCCGCAGUGCGGGAGUAACCGAAGUGAAGAACUAGUUGUGUCGAAAAGAUCCUUGAGGCCGAGAGACAAGCUCAAGGCGCCGAACAAGUUCACGAACUAGCCGAUUCACUUUGUUCUUUUUUGAUUAUUUCCUUCCUUUUAUGUUUUACUAUUUUUGGAAACUUUAGUUUACUUACUGUUGAGUCGGGCCUGAUUUAUAAGCCCAGUUCGGGUUUUCUUUGCGGUUCUUUCCCGGAUGAAUUAGGUUACGUCGAACCGCCCUAGGGUUUUUAGUAUAAAAUAGGGUAUUUCAUCAACACAUUAAUUUAUGAAUGAAAUAUUUUCCCUACACAAAUCUUGUGCCG